AUGGCGAGCGACUCUAAAACGACCCUCUUCUACGUUUCAUUCAAUCGCAACGCCGGUCCUAGCAUCAUCUUUUUGCAUGGCCUUUGCUCCAACCUCAACGAGUUCACGUACGUAUUCGAACACUCGAGCCUUCACGGCUAUCACGUCCUCGCCGUUGACCUCCCAGGCCACUCGGAGUCAUCUCACAUCCUGCCAUUCACACUUGCGAACGCCGCCAACCACGUCGCUCAAGUGAUACGAGAGCAGGCUCGACAUCGCCGUGCCCACGUGGUGGGCGCGUCCGUCGGCGGGUUCGUCGCUCUGGAGCUGGCGAAGCGACACCCCUUGGUGGUCGAAAGCCUGUUCGUCACUGGCGCGGCCCCAUUCGCUGGGUACCGGAAAUGGUUCGCCGAGCACCCGACCACCUUGUACUGCCUCCAAGCCCCAAUUUCCAAGUACAACUGGGUCGACAGGGCGAUCUGUCGGUGGCUCGGGGUGCACAAGCCCGACGGGUUGCGGGAGCAGGAGAAGAGCAACUUCAGCAGACAGCUCCUGACGGACGGGUUCAGAAGCAUCGCCGAAUUCUCCGAGAGAGAUCUGGCCCUGGUGCGCGUGCGAACUUUGACCGUGGCCGGUCAAGUCCACGACGACGUGCAGGCGACGCGCAGGAUGGCCGAGCUGCUGAGAGAAGGAUGUCCCGAGAGCAAGGCGGCCAUGAUCCGCGGGGGCGUUCACACUUGGCAUCUGCAGUUUCCGCAACUGUUCGCACAGGCGGUCACAGCUUGGAUUGAGAACCGUCAUCUCCCAGAUGGCUCAGUGCUUCUACUGCGAAGUUAG